AAACAGCUUAUCGAGGUUUAUCGUCCACACGAGGCUGCUAGUUCAUCUCGGCACCUUGCGCUUACAACAUGCAAUUUCCUCCCUUGAUAAGUGGUUUAUUAGUUUUGUUUUGCCCGUGCUGAAAAUUGUCCUCGAUCAGUUCAACGUAAAAAUUAGGUUUGACUUGACAUCCUCCUCCGACUGGGUUGGUCAUAAACUUGGAUUUCGUGCUAGAGCGGUGUCAUUGUUUAAAAAAUGUAGGUUUAAAAUAGGCUUGGAAAUAUAAAAAUCUAGAUUUAAUACGUAUACAUAUAUUUGUGCGUUAAAAAUAUUUAGAAAGUUUCAUCAUCCUCUACGAACACUAACUAAUGAAUUGAGCAGUUCUUCUGUUAGGAGGAAUAUUUGACAGGUGGAAUUUUAAAGUUGGCCCAGCACCAAUAUUAAUUUCAAUAAGACGACUUAUGCCAAUGAAAAAUUAUUAGUAUGCACGUCAUACUCCUCCCUUAAGAAAAGUUAACGAGUGCAACCCUUUACUUAUAAAUUCUUACCUGCACCGACCGACCCCGUGUACUAAUACUAAUUCUCACACAAAAGCAUUGAUUUUUAUGGGAUUUUUUAAAUCAAAGAGAUUUUGAAACUUUGCCAUGAUUUAAUCACCUCUGGGUCUGGCGAGCAGUCCGUCCAGUGUUUUUUUUUGUGCAUCAAAAGCAUUGUUUGUUACAUAUAUAAUUAUUGAUGCAUUCAUUCAGCGCAUAGAUAAAUCUGCAUUUUAUUAUGUAGAAGAUCUCUCACAUAUUAUUUCUUUUUUUACGAUCUCUAACAAAAGAGCAGUGAGGAGAAUUGCAUUGUAGUAAAUCUCAUCUCAACAAGUAUGUCUGUAUCGGCAUCAGACAGGUAUUAAUAUUUUUAUUGUUUGAUUUUGUUGCGUUGCAAGUAACAACAAUUGGCAACUUCAAAAAUGCCAGGAUGUCAGAAAGCGUAUUAACUUAACGUGAGCCUGUCGGUGGUGAAGGGUUUCAUUGAAAUUUACUUGCUAAACAUAAUCAAAGUGCAGAUAGAUAUUCUUCUUGACACCUUACUUUUCCACGAAAAAAAUCUGCAUGCAUGUACACACAGAUAUUAAUGUACAUGCACACACGUACAUAUAUUUAAAUCAUUUUGUGACUUGCUAAGCAAUCGACAGAGAAGAAUAAGCCAUUAGCAUUUAAUAUAUUAAUUGUUGUUCUGCCAUAGGUUGUUCGUUAUUCAUUCAUUCAUUCAUAAAAUAUCUUCAACUUCUUAAUUUAUUUGGUGAUCCACCUUCACUUUUUUGACGGAGUGAGAAAGGCCUCAAGAUUAAUAGGAUCAAGAAAAAGGAAUGAAUAAAUUUUGUGUCAACCAAGAACAAAAGUCAACACUGAUAAAUAUUUAGUCGUAAAUAGUACGUCACACGGUUAGAGAAUCAUAGUACAUUUUUUAGAAAAAUGAAACUGUACAUAAUCCCAGGAGACGCUUCCUAAUUUGGGGUACGUGCGAUUAUAAUAACAUUCGCGUGAUCCUCUGCAUUGUAUUUACUUUACAUUUCCCUUUUGUUUGCGUCUCAUGUAAGUAUUUACGGUAAUCAAUCUUAGCUUAAUGGUAGUAGUUACACAUAAGCAUACCUCUGAUCAACCGUGUACUUAUUACUUCUUCGAGUACAAAUAAAGUACUGUUCAUGUCGAGCCAAGUCAAUGACCAAUCUUCCCAUACAGCGAGUGAUGUGAUGUGAUUUGAUUGAUUUUUAUUUGAAGACGACGACGACGACGGUGUAAGGAAGAAAGUCAAUUUAUUCCGAAACUGUCGAUUCAUUCAAGGCGAGUGAGCAGUUUAAGGUGGGUGAGGCUUGGUUAAGAAAUUAAUUUGUUACAGUGUCGCAUAUAUACGAACGGGUCGGUAUAGGGAGUGAGUGGUACUUAAUAAAAUACGUGAUAAUAUCUUGACUUAUUAUUCAAGUAGAUAUCAAUAACUCAAUCUCUUCUUAACCAACGGUUUUUGUUUGGCUGACACUUUUCUGGUCUGCACAGUGGUUGAAUGAAUUGUCAGUGAAGAGACAGGUGGACCAAGAGACGACCGACUCUCGGAGGAAAAGUCUGUACCGUUUUAUGGGGCAGUGUGUGUAUUUUGAAUUAGUGAGGAUUUUUUUUAACUUGCAUUGUUGAGACUAAUUAGUCCUGUACUACUGAAUCCUCCAGGGUAACUUUUGAUUACUUACUGAAAGUGGUAGAAAGUUGGUGCUAUAACGAUAACAAAUAUUUUGAUUGUGAUUGUGAUUGACUGCUUUGUUUUUAAUCCUGGUGUGUCAAAAUGUUGCCUAAAUUCCUGAGUAAAAAGGACAUUUUUCAGGAUGGGAAGUUUGUGCAGAUUCUCAUUCUCAGUUUUUCUUUCAUGCUUUUGUUCACUGCUUUCCAGACGACUUGUUUCAUUGAGCAAACAGUGUUGAACAGCGUGAAAGCAGAAGAUCCCAAUUUUUCCGGAAAUGGUUAUGUCUCACUGUGCAUCAUUUACGCCGUGUUUUCACUCGGCUCUUGGGUUGCCCCUUCCAUCGUUGCGGUCAUUAGGUCAAAAUGGAGCAUGGUCUGUUCCGCAGCCAUUUACUUGCUCUUCAUCGUCCAGUUUACAUACCCCGCGACCUGGCUGCUUUACCUGACCUCGGCCCUGCUGGGGGGAGCAGCAUCGCUUUUGUGGUGUGCCCAAGGAAAUUUCUUAACGCUCGGGUCUGACUCUAAAACCAUUUCGAGAAAUUCUGGCGUCUUUUGGGCAAUCAAUCAGUGCAGCUUGUUUUUUGGAAACCUUUUCGUAUUUUUCCAAUUUCAUGGAAAAACAACGAUUGACGCAGAAACCCGAAUUUUUGUCUUUAUCGUCCUAACAGUUGUUUCCGCUUGUGGAGUCGGGUCAUUGUUUCUGCUGAGAGAUCUCAAGGAGACACCUUCAUCGUCAUUGGAAGAGACUAAAAAUCCUUCCGAGAUUUCACUUCCGGUCGAAGAUAAACCAUCCUCUGCUGGAGAAAACAAUUCUCCAACUCCGCCACCCACGAAGACGGCUGGACUCCCAAAAUCCUCUCUGACCCUGGCAACUGACGCCUUCUUCCAAGCCAUCAAACUAUUUAUCACGCCGUACAUGCUGCUACUUUCACUGGCCUCGAUCUACACUGGGUGGGGACAGUGUUUCUAUUUUGGCGUGUAUUCCACAUCGGUUGGUGCCACGCUGAAGUUUGAAGACCCCAAGAGGCUGGUCGGCUUGAUCGGUAUUUUCACUGGAAUUGGAGAAGUUGCGGGUGGAACGGUUUUCGGGCUUUUGGGGUCCAAAACUACUAAGAAGGGUCGUAGUCCAGUAGUUUUCUUGGGACUUUUGAUCCACACUUUGUGCUACGUUCUGAUUUAUCUUAAUCUUCCGGACGGAUCACCUGUGGGUGAAACGGAGGACGUUUCUGUGAUUAAUCCUCCCCAACCUUGGUUGGCUUUAUUGUGUGCCCUGUUUCUUGGAUUUGGCGACGCGUGCUACCAAACCCAACUAUUUUCCAUCUUCGGCUCCGUCUACUCCGACAAAUCUGCCGCAGCCUUUGCCAUCUUCAAAUUCACACAAUCUGCCGCAGCAGCCAUCGCUUUCUUCAGCAGUUCGUACAUUGGCAUAUUUUCUCAAAUGAUGAUCCUCCUGGUGACCGCGAUACUUGGCUUUUUUGGCAUUUUUAUUGUCGAAUUCGACACCAAACGGAAGUCCAAGGGGGAAGAAAUGUCAUCUUCUGGCAUGGAAAGUGGAGAAAGUGGGGGAGGUGGAGAAGAUGAUAACACUGGUGAUAAGAACGACAACAACACCAAGUCAUCGCCACCAAGCAUUAUGGAAAAACCAGCCAACAACGGUGACACAGUUUCAUAAGUCUACUAAAUAUAUGUAUAAUUCUUCCUCUUGUAACAUAUGAGUGUGCCAAAGGAUAUUAACUUUUUUAGUGUAAUUAAGAGUGAAUCUAAUCUCAGCUUUUUAGCAAAUAUUUUACCUUACCUGUGUAAUAUUUACUUGCGUAUGUUCCACUUUACUUGCACACACGUGCGUACAUGACUAGAUUCAUUAACCAUGUAUGUAAUCCUAUCUCUCCUCUCUGCCUCUGGAAUGAACUUAAAGUGUGACAGAACUUUUACUUUUUCCCAUUUUAAAUGUUUACCCUAAUUUAAAGUUCGUUGACCUUUUGGAUUAUCCAGACUGUCUGUCUGCGCAUCCAGUUCCGGCAAAAUUCUUCAUUACAAUUUGAAAACAAGUGAAAGUUUUCUUUGUCUCCCUUAAAGAGAUUACAAAAAAAACCUUGUGUUUCCAUUGUUGAUGUUGAAAUGCCAAUUUUAAAUUUACAUGAUUACAUUAUAUGUAUUUACAUAGAUAGAUAGCAGAGUGUGGGUGUUAUAUAAAAAAUAAUGAGUAACAAAAAAAAACAAAUUGCACAUAAUAAUACAAAAUAUAAACACAAUGGUGUGUAAGCAGACGACCAGAAGAAGAGGAGGCGUAACGUAAUGGAUUGCAUUGUUAUAAAUAAAAAUAAUUUUGCACAUGUGUAAAGUGAAGUGAUCAAUGUUUUGGCUGAGGUGAAGAAAUAAAUUAGUUUUGAAUGCAGUAUAGAAUUAUAAAUAUGUAGAUCUAUCUCUGACAUAAAUCUGACAAUGAUGCGGCUGAAAAUGUUGAAAUGUUAUUUAUAUAAUAUCAUAUUUAUAUCAUCAUUUAUUCAUUUCCGCUGAUAAUGCGAUUGUGUAAUUAUGUGAUGCACUGCUUUAUUUAGGGAUUCUCAUCCUGAUAAAUUUCACUUUUUUCGGUCUUGACAAAACUUUCCAUGAAAUUAAUUAAAAACAAAAUUAAAUUGGGGAAUUCCAGCCAAUUCUAAUCUUUCUAGAGUCAAUGAUCCUAUUAUUCUCGAGUACAAUGCGUAUAUUCUUACAACAAUUCUAUAUCUCAUUAUCAAUUUUUUUAAAGAAAAGUCGUGAGUUAUCUCAAAUAAAGAUGUUCAAACGAG